ACUUUGCCAAGAUGCACGCGGAGGGCACCGAUGUGGUCUACCGGUUCAACUACUACCCAGGAUGCACGAGCGGUGAGGGCGUGGUGGGCAUGGGUGCCCACAUUGACUACACAACCUUCACCUUGCUCUUUAGCAACGGCGGAGGAGGAUUCCAGGUGCGUGAUCCAUCCGGCCAGUGGGUGGACCUGCCAAACGUGCCCGGCACCGUGCUGCUCAUGGGCGGGGAGUUCCUCACUUUCUACUCCAACAAGCGCUUCAAGGCACCGGAACACCGCGUUCUCUUGCCCAGCGACGAGCAGCAGGGCCGCUCUUCUCGCCUCAGUCUGAUCUUCUUCCUGCAUGCUGACGGACACACCCCCAUGUGGCCCCCCAGCGAUGACCCCGCCAGCCCGCCGCCGCCCUCAGUUAAGGAGUACUUGGGAAAGCUGAUAGGAAAGGCUCGGGCAGCAGGCUACAAGUACUGAGAUGAGGCCGGCAAAGGCGCAUCUUUUUAGUGUGUUGGUAAUUUUUUUGUGUGGUUAGACAUUUUUGUUUUAGUUCCAGUAGCAAAAUUGGAGUUUGUCAAUGGAAUUUUAUUAUUAUGGGGAAUGUUAGAAUGAAACAUGAAUUCAACCAUGCUUCGGAAACAUCACGAGAUUGAUGAAUAAGAUAAUUUCGUUGCAGUAAAUUGACGGAGAGUUUGUAAGUGUUCCUCCUUCGUUCGUUCGACCGUUUCUUCCUUCCUUUCUUCUUCCAUUCACUGCUAAAUUAUGUGUUGAUCCACUUAGUUUUUCUUUUUUUCUUUCUAUUUACCUUUUAUUUAGCGUCUCACUGACCCCUUCUGGCCUUUCAUAUUUAAUAAGAGUUAUCAGCCUUUCCUCUCCCUAGUAGCGUUUGUUUGGUCGUUAUCAUCGGUCUCAGUUCAAUUGUUUCUCUGUCUGACAUUAUUUCUGAGGCAUUUAGUCUGUUCGUUUCAGCGUCGUUCGUAUACUUUUGCUGUACAUAUAACCCCAUCGUUCCACUUUAAGAGAGGCACAUGAAGGGAUUAACAGAGCCAGGACGUCCCAAGGGUGGUAGACACUGAAAAAUGCAAAAAUUCAAAGUGCGAGAAACAAAAGGAAUUAAGAAACUGUUACUUUGUCUACGAAAUAGAAUUAUGGGAUUGGAAGUUAGAAUGUCUUAUCAUCGAACCACUUCAACCUACAAAGGAUUCGGUGUAGCAACAACUUGGUGUGUUGUGGCCAUGAACAUGCUUAUCUAAGUUUUUUUACCUUGCUUUUAUGCUACUCGUGCUAUCUCUGAGGGAGGUGUCGAGGAAGAAAACACUUAGUUGACGCACUUUCCUGUUAUUCGAGGGUACAGAACAACUUUCUCUUUGACUAGAUAUGGUCGAAGACAAGGCAAUAUGGUCUUACUUCUGUAAAAGGUGUUAUCAUUUAAUCUCUCUUUUUCUAAUAUACACAAAGAAAACGUCAACAUAAUGUAUGAUAUUUGCUAGAAUGCUACCUGAGGAACUACUGUCAUCCGCAGUAAAUUUCCUUCACAACUAUGCAAAUAUACUUAUACACUACA